AUGGCAGGGUACGCAUAUAAGCCAUUGAAGCUGCCCCAUGAGACGCGAGUGUUGAAUCUUUUGCCCGGCCAGCAGUCCGAUCCGUUAUCUUGUUUCAUCGAGCACAUUGCUUUCGAUUCCCAGGAGCGCCAACCGUACGAAGCACUUUCGUAUUGCUGGAGUAGCUCUCACGCGGGCGAACGGCCUCAGCCAGUCACGGUCUUCGAGCUUGGCGGGAAUGGCUCCGCUCGAUACACAGUCAAGGUUCCAGGAUUGUACGAGAAGCACCCGGACUGGUAUGUUGGAAAGCAAGGCACGAUUGUCUGCGACGGGACAGAAGUCGCGAUAGGGUCGGAGCUGCACGCGGCACUCGCACGCUUCCGUCACGCCGAUCGCACGCUUAGGAUCUAG